GCACGCGCUGCUGUGGUCGUUGUGGAGCGGUAUUGCCGCGCAGCAUGUGGCACGCGUGGCGCAGAGUGGCAACUCCUCGUCGAGGCCCGACAAGAUGGCUUUCAUCGAGGACCAUCGGCACAGGGCUGCACAGGCCUUCCACGGAUUGCCGCACCUGGCAGGCAUGCACUAUGUUUACGGUGACAGCCGUCAGCUGCAGAGCAGUGAGCUCACCCUGCAAGAGAAUUGGGAAUUCCCCGUUGGUACCAGUCUUGGUUUUCAAAGUGUUCUUUUCCCACAAGCCUUCGGAAGCGGCGCCUUAUCUCCUGUCGGUAUAUCUGUUCUGGCUGGUUACAAGUACAGCUCUGUGCAUGUGGAGGUUCCCUCAGACUAUGAAUUUGGUAUUGAUCACCAGGAAGCGAUUGUCAAAUUAGCAUAUUCUGACGCCACCCGCGAGUCUUGCGAAAGGGCUGAUUACAACGUUCCUAUGGCUCUCACCCAGAACAGCUCCGUAGCAUCAACUCUCGGGCCAUCGCCUUUGGCUUCAGGAUCCGUGCUGAGCGUGCCACAGGCUGGCACAAAUGCAUUGUUACGAGAGGUGCAGUGGCCACACUUAACAUUCAUGCAUGGUGGCUCGUAUGAGCUAUGCUAUUCACCUGACGGCUCCUUCGAUGGCGACGAAUGGAAGAAUAACAUUGUUCCCGUUCAGAUUACAGUGGUCGGUGUCAUCUCCGAAUGCCUGUCAGACGGCUGCCUCGCAAGGGAGCGUUGGGAUUGUUACCUUUUCUAUGGAGGCGAGGAUAUCAGUUCCUGCCGCAUCGACUUUCGACUUUUCGGCGGAGGUCGGGAAGGCUGGUCUGUACAGCUUGCUGGAGUAAGCCGCAUAUCCUGGUCGGAAAGUUGGGGUGACGAUAGCUUUGUGGCUGGCGAGUUUGUCCCAGCAACACGGAAAGAGUGUUCGAACGUGAUCACAGGGCAGAGCAUCAAUCCAGAGGUCCAGAUUUUUCAGAGCUUCUCCUGGGCGCCGCCUUCGGGCUCUGGCCUGAAUGCGGAUGCUUCGACAGCGGCGACAUUGCCUGGUUUGAAACCUCAAUCUGCCACCAAAUCCUUCACCCUGACUGCAUGUUACUGUCCUAACUAUGAUGGCCCUGACCCCACGACGAGUGCCUGUGAUGAUGCGGGUGAGUUUAUUCAACCAAUUGGUGUUAUUUAUUACUGGAUGGUUCGUAUCUGCGAUGUUGACACCUACACCUCUUGUGGCUCAUCGAGCAAUCCACCCUUCAUGCGCGUUCUGCCGCAGCAGCCCUUCGUCCUCCGAGUCGAAUGUCCUCCCGGGGGCACAUCUUGUGCGCCUGCCAACAACAAUCGAAUCAAGCUUCUUCCUGGAAUUCCACCUCCAGGUCCAGAUGGCAUUGUCCGAAUCGAGGUGCCGGAAAGGGCUAUCUGGGAGCCACAGUCGCGCUGCAAAAUCGAGGUCAGCAUGACCGAUGACAUUGGUUGGUUUCCGCCUUUAGAGUUCGAUGAGUUUGGUCUUCUCAUCGGCGGUCAUGCACACCUGCAAGGAGGUGACCGCCGUGACUACAAGUUCUGGGCAGACCCGGCCAUGAUGGGCUUGAUGCCGAUGGCGAGCAAAAUCGAAGUUUGUUAUUGUGAUGAUAACUGCGCAAAUUCGUUCAACUUCUUCAAGGUGGGCGAAAUACGCGCAGCUGACUCGGCAGGUAUUGCACGCUGGACCAAGUUGCCGAAUCAAGGAGGCCUGAUCCAGGAAAUCGAGUCACUUCAAUAUGCGACCUUUCCG